GUAAAAACCGAAAAAUAAAAGUGUUGCGUCAACGUAUCACCAGAUCUUGUAAAUGCUCCCAAGAUCUCUCUCCCCGUUCUGAUUAUUUUGCCUAUUUCUCUCCAAGAUCUCUCCAAAGUCCAAACCACUUUCUCGUUGCCCAAUUCCUCACAUUUUGAUUCUUCUCCUUCCCCAAUUAAUGGAGUUCACUUCAAAUGGGUCUUAGCAAUCUGAGAAUACCGAACCUCAAUGGCCAACUCUUCCACUUCUCCGCCGCCUCCGCCGCCGUUCUACGCCCUAUCUAUCACGGACAAACCACCGCCGGAAGAGGACAGCAAGUGCGCCGCUUGCUUUACGGUAUCCCUCUGCCCUUGCCUCGUCUGCUUCAUUUUACUCAUGAUUAUAGUCUCCAUGUUACUGGUAUUCAAAUUCCACAUCUUUUGCCACACCCAUCUCCACCCCCUCUCCUCCCUCCUCGACAAGAAACACUGCAAACCCUAGCCCCAAACUUCACUGCUAACAGAGAUUUUUCUAGGGUUUCAAAGGGGUAUUCAAAUUCUGAUGGUAAUUCAACGUUUCAAACCCUAGCACCAUACCCUGGUACUCGUAGUGGUUUUAGUUUCAUUUCAAAUGGGUAUUUUGAUUCUGAUGGAAGUUCAUCAUUGGAACCCCUGGCCCCAAACUUUACUAGUAACAGAGAUGUUUCUAGGGAUUCAAAUGGGUUUUCGAAUUCCGAUGGGUAUUCGACGUUUCAAGCUCGAGCCCCAAACCCUGGUACGAGGAGUGGUGUUGGCAGCAUUUCCAAUUGGUAUUUUGAUUCUGAUGGAAAUUCAUCAAUGGACCCCCUAACCCCAAACUUUACUAGUAACAGAGAUGUUUCUAGGGUUUCAAAUGGGUAUUCGUAUUAUGAUGGGUAUUCUACAUUUGAAGCCCGAACCCCAAACCGCGGUACUAGUAGUGGUUUUGGUGGCAUUUCAAAUGGGUAUUUUUAUUCUGAUGCAAAUUCAUCAUUGCGAUCCGUCACCCCAAACUUUACUACUGGAAGAGAUUUUUGUAGAGUUCCAUGUGGGUAUUCAGUUUCCAAUGGGUAUUCAAAGUUUGAAUCCCUAACCUCUAACUUUAGAACUAGGAGAGGUUUUUGCGUUGUUUCAAAUGGGCGUUCAGAUUCCGAUGCCGAUUCUGAGUCGGAUACUGAGAAUGUUGAGAAAAUUGAGGCAGGAAAUGUUGAAUCUAAGGCAGAUUUGAAAGAAGUGGAGAGGGUAUGCAAGGUGAUCGAUGAAUUGUUUGCUUUGGAUCGGAACAUGGAGGCGGUUUUGGACUCGUGUGGUGUCAAUCUUACCCAUGAUUUGGUGGUGGAGGUAUUGGAGCGGUUCCGCCAUGCGAGGCGGCCGGCAUUUCGGUUCUUCUGCUGGGCAGGGCAGAGGGCGGAAUAUUCUCAUGAUUCGAGGACUUACAACAAGAUGAUGUUUAUACUCGGGAAGACUAGGCAAUUUGAGACUAUGGUGACAAUACUUGAAGAAAUGGGUGACAAAGGGUUACUCACAAUUGAAACAUUUGAGAUUGCUAUCAAGGCCUUUUGUGAAGCAAAAGAGAGGAGGAAAGCAGUUGGGAUUUUCGAGUUGAUGAAGAAAUAUAAGUUUAAAGUUGGAGUUGAUACCAUCAACUGUUUGCUUGAUUCUCUUGGAAGAGCGAAACUUGGUAAGGAAGCUCAACUUAUGUUUGACAAGUUAAAAGAGAGGUUUACUCCAAAUUUGAGGACGUAUACGGUUUUGCUAAAUGGGUGGUGUAGAGUGAAGAAUUUAAUGGAGGCAGUGAGGGUGUGGAAUGAGAUGAUUGAUAAAGGUUUUAAGCCGGACAUUAUUGCCCAUCAUACAAUGCUUGAAGGUUUGUUGAGGUGUAGAAAAAGGUCUGAUGCUAUCAAGCUGUUUGAGGUCAUGAAGGCCAAAGGUCCAAAACCUAAUGUUCGAAGCUAUACAAUCUUGAUUCGGGACUUGUGCAAGCAAAUGAAGAUGAGAGAAGCUGUUGAUUAUUUUGAGGAGAUGGCUAAAUCUGGCUGUGAUCCGGAUGCUGCAGUUUACACUUGUUUGAUUACAGGGUUUGGGAAUAGAAAAGAGAUGGACAAAGUUUAUGGGCUGUUGACAGAGAUGAAAGAAAAAGGGCUCCCACCAGAUGUGCAGACUUACAAUGCGUUGAUAAAAUUGAUGACGAACAAGCGAAUGCCUGACGAUGCAGUGAUGAUUUACAAGAAGAUGAUUAAAUGUGGUUUGGAACCAACAAUCCACACUUACAAUAUGAUGAUGAGGUCCUAUUUGGAGACGAGAAAUUAUGAGAUGGGUUAUGCAGUUUGGGAGGAGAUGAAUCGGAAGGGUUGUUGCCCUGAUGAUAGCUCUUACAUUGUUUUAAUUGGAGGGCUUAUAAGGCAGGGAAGAUCACAGGAGGCUUGUCAAUAUCUAGAGGAAAUGAUAGAGAAAGGAAUGAAAGCUCCUCAACUUGAUUACAACAAGUUUGCUGCUGAUUUCUCUAGAGCUGGAAAACCUGAUAUAUUAGAGGAGUUGGCCAGAAAGAUGAAGUUUUCAGGAAAAUUCGAGGCCUCCAAUGUCUUCUCCAGGUGGGGUGAGAUGAUGAAGAAAAGAGUUACGAGAAGAGAUCCUGUUUAAAGUGGUUCGCAAUGUGCCGAAUUACUGGCUUUGGCAAUACGUGAGUGAUGGACGUUGGAGAUUGCCUUUGUUUCUUUAUGCGUGUAAGCAGUUGUUUGUGUUGGAUAAAUUUGGUUGCAUCCUCUCUUUAGGCAUUGUAAGUCUUUAUACGAUUAAAUUGUACUGCUGUUUUCUUGCAGCACAUAUCUCAAUUUAAUUGCUCGUUCUAUA